AUGUCCAAUCCACAGGAUUACACGGUCGGAUGGAUCUGUGCAAUUACUACGGAGUCUGUCGCCGCCCAGUCUUUUCUCGAUGAGAGACACGACCCGCCUGCCGAAGUUGCUCAAAACGAUAACAAUUCGUACGCGUUGGGUAGGAUCGGCAAACACAACGUCGCCAUCGCCGUGAUGCCGGAUGGGGAGUACGGCCUGAGCUCUGCCACAUCUGUUGCAAGAGACAUGUUGCAUACUUUUCCCAACAUUCGGAUCGGACUGAUGGUCGGCGUCGGAGGUGGAGCUCCAAGUGAACAUCACGAUGUGCGGCUCGGCGAUGUUGUGGUCAGCAGCCCACGCAGUGGGAACGGCGGCGUGAUACAGUACGACUUCGGCAAGGCGAUACAGGAUUGCGAAUUCCUGGAGACAGGCUUCCUGAACCAACCACCUACAGUGCUGCGGACGGCGGUCUCUGGGCUCAGAGCAAGAUACGAGGUUAAUGGCCAUCAGCUUGAGGAGCAUAUCAACAAGGUUCUGCAAGAAAAAACGCGACUCCGAAAGAAAUACUCUCGCCCGCAUGCCGACAGCGACAGGCUAUACAAGUCAGAAUUCACACAUCAAGACCCAGAAGGAGACUGCCGCCAGUCGUGCGGUGAUGACUCGUCAAAUCUAGUAGUACGACACUCACGAAACGAGGACGAAGACAAUCCGAUGAUUCACUAUGGGCCAAUCGCGUCCGCUAAUCGACUGAUGAAGGACGCGCGCUCCAGGGACAAAUUAGCCGCCGAGAAGGGCGUCCUGUGUUUCGAGAUGGAGGCAGCAGGACUGAUGAACAAUUUUCCCUGCCUCGUUAUUCGUGGUAUUUGCGACUAUGCCGAUUCGCACAAGAACAAGGAAUGGCAGGGAUUUGCAGCUAUGGCGGCUGCAGCGUAUGCGCGGGAUCUACUGCAUCAGAUUCCUCCAAACAAGAUCGAGUCGGAGAGGAGGAUCAAAGAAGCCUUGACAGAUGUGCAGAGAGAUCUCGCAUGUAUGCAGAAAGUGACGCAUGAUGUCAAGACUGAUGUACAUGCGAUGAGAACUAACAGCCACGCCGCGAGGAUCAAGCGCUGGCUUUCGCCUGCGGACCCAUCUACCAAUGCCAACAAGGCAAGGAAAUCUCGGCAUAUGGGAACUGGCACAUGGUUCCUCGAAAGCGACCACUUUGCUCAGUGGAAACUCGGUUUGCGCCGCCAUAUGUGGCUCUACGGCAUGCCAGGGUGUGGCAAGACGGUUCUCAGCGCCACUAUUCUUGACCAUCUUAACGGAAUAGAGGAUUUCCUAACCGUCUACUUCUUCUUCGACUUUACCGAUACUAGGAAGCAGAAACUGGCUGCUGUGUUACGUUCGCUGGCUUUCCAGCUCUAUGCCUCUCGGCCAGAGUCUCAAAAAUACCUCGACAGCCUAUUUAACAAUGGACAAGAGCAACCAGACACCGAUAAGCUAUCUGUAUGCCUUAUGGGUAUGAUGCAAGCUCCUGGGAAGCUUGUUGUUCAGCUAGAUGCUCUAGAUGAGUGCUCUGAGCGAAGAGAGCUACUUGAAUGGAUGGAGUCCAUCUCUACCGUCGCACAUGUUCAACUCAUAGCAACUGGGCGACCCGAAGUCGAGUUUGAGCGCACCCUUCGCGGUUGGGUCGGGACUGAGAAUUGCCUGCCUCUGAACAAAGAGUGUGUGAACGCCGAUAUUAACUCCUAUGUCGCGGCCAGGCUGGACCAAAGCCCGGAAUUCAAAAGGUGGGCAGCAUCACCGGAUCUGCUAGGGGAAAUCAGGGAUACCAUUAGCAACAAAGCCGACGGAAUGUUCAGGUGGGCAGUCUGUCAACUGGACCAUCUCCGGGAAUGUCUCGAUCGCGAGUCACUUGAGGAAGCGCUUCAAUCCCUGCCCGAAGAUUUAAAUACGAAGUACGCCCGAAUUAUUCAGAACAUUCCACGAGAGCGAAAAAACAAGACAAUUCGCCUGCUACAGUUUCUUGUUUACUCAGAGCGACCUUUAUCCCUUGCAGAGGCCGUGGACGUGAUCGCAGUUCGUCUUAACAAAGGAGGCUUCGACACGAGGGAUCGAAUUCCCAUUGAUGAGGAAAUCACAGGAUACUGUUCCAGUCUCAUAUCGCUUGUACAAGCCCCAGGUCGAGUGGCAGAGCUCGAACUACAGCUGUCCCAUUUCUCAGUGAAGGAGUACCUCAUGAGUUGUGAUGUCACAGACUUCAUUCACCCUACUCCUUUGGUCGCUAUUACAGAGACGUGCUUGGCCUACCUUGGGAGCAUACGAAAUGAAGGCGACAUUUAUGGAAUAUGUGAAUACUUCCCAUUAGCAAGAUACGCGGCAGAAACAUGGGUGAGCUACGCAAAACAAGCCGAAGUUUCAGAAGAACUUGUAGACUCAGUUGUCAGGUUCCUCCAGGACCGGCCGAAAUUCCGGCUCUGGGCCAGAGUUUUGUAUGCCGAUGAACCGUUCGGUGGUUGUGAAGGUAUAGGAAUCAUGUUGCCACUUUAUUUUACAUGCUUCAAUGGCCUUAAAGCGACUGCACAGAAACUAUUGCUUAGUGGUGCUGAUGUCGAUGAGGAAGGGGAAAUUCACGGUCCUGCACUACGAGCUGCUACAGAAAGAGGCCACCGGGAUAUUAUCCAGCUGCUGCUAGAGAGAGGGGCCAAUAUCAAUGCCGAAGGAGGUUUUUACGGCUCUGCACUUCAAGUUGCUUCAGCAGGGGGCCACAAGGAGACUGUCCAGCUGCUGCUAGAGAGAGGGGUCAAUAUCAAUACCAAAGGGGGCCAUUUCGGCUCUGCACUCCAAGCUGCUUCAGCAAAGGGCUACAAGAAGACUGUCCAGCUGCUGCUAGAGAGAGGGGCCAAUAUCAAUGCCAGAGGGGGCCAUUUCGGCUCUGCGCUCCAAACUGCGCUAAGACUAGGCCGCUCGGAGAUUUACCACUUACUUAUUGGUAGACAAUGGGGCUUAUGUCUAGAUUGA